UGCAACAACACUGGAUUGAUCAGUCUUCUUGUCCUACGUUGCUCCUACUCCAUGACCCUGUAAAAUUUGCAUCUUGCACAGAAGACUUGCAUAUCCGUGAAGAGCCAGCAGGUGAUAGCAAUGCUGUCAGGUCAAUAUGGCGGACCAAGACCAACCGCAGCAACAGCUGCCUGAAGCGCCCUUCCCUGCACCUCCUCCGUUCUGGCGACACUUUACCAGAGCCAACGAAGACAAGUUGAAAGAAAUCGAAGUUGAGGAAAAGGAGUCAGAAGCGAAGCUACCGAUUCCUUUGGCGUACUUACGCCCUCCACCUCCACCACCAGAUUCUGCCGAGUUUUAUACGACAUUUGGGCAGAAGCAGGUCAUUGAUCCUACCAAACCGUCCUCCUUACCGCGAGAGCAACUCCUUUUCAACCCUGACGAUCCUGAUCUCAACCAUGCUGUCCUCCUGAGCAAACUCACAAAGUCCCUGCUACUCAACUUCCUGGAAUUGACAAGUGUUUUGUCACAGGAUCCUACAAAAUAUGAGGAGAAAGUGGAAGACAUCAGGCAACUAGUGCUCAACGUUCACGUCGUCAUCAACAUGUACAGACCACACCAGGCCCGAGAGAGCGUCAAAGAAAUGCUCGAGGGCUUCUUGGAGGACGGCGAAAAAGAAAUCGAGGAAUGCGACAGGCUGAAAUCAAGGGCCGAGGACUUACUCGACGACAUUGGCAAAAUGAAGUCGCUUUCUCCCAGUUCGACUUUCGCACAGGCAAGUGGGACGUCGGUGAAUGGUGCAAAUUAUGACGCGAAAAUGGAGGAACAACGCAGAAUGUGGCAGAGGAUCCAUGAGAUCGCAGAUUCCUGAAUGUGAUCUAAAG